GGUUCGCUCUGGCGGCUCCGCAGUCCCAACGUCGACGGAGCAGGCAACACAACAACCCACGCAAAAAGCACACAAAAACAAAUUUCAGUGUCUCGGCAACGCUUUUGUGGCAUUGCCAACUUAUCCUCCGCCGCAGCAGCAGUACGAACGGGUUUCGAUUCGGGAUUGUGACCAGAACAGAACAUAAAAAACACAGAACAAAACAGAGCAGAAUACACUCGUAAAAGUGAAAAGGAUUCCAAUAAAGUGUUAUCGUAAUUGGAAUUUGCAUACUUCUUUCGGAAAGCAACAAAAACAGCACCAACAAAAUAUGAGGCAUAUCUGGCUGCUGGCUCUUAUCGCCUUUGGAUCUUCCCGGUUUCCAGGUGUGCUGACCUUGCCCGAGGCACACCCAGGCAAACCAUCAUCCGCCACAACCGCAGCUGGAGGCGGAAACGGAGGAGGUGCAGGCGGUGGCGGCGAGGCGAGUACAGACUACAGUGAGUACGAUGAAGAGGAGCCGCAGCGGUCGCCUGGAAACCUGGCCAAGUCCACAGCAGGUCCCAAGCUGCCGCUUCCGUACUUCGACCAGCCGAAAGUGGACGUCUAUGUGGGGCCCAAUGACAGCAGUGUGAAGGUGGAGUGCCCCGUCAAGAACUACAAUGCCCAACACCAUGCCAUACUCUGGUACAAGGAUGACAGCGCCAUCAGCAACGGCAACACCCUAUUCAGCACAGUCUACGGCCUAGACACAAACUUUACAUUGACCGUGCCCGUGGCGGCCAAUGCCACGGACGGGCAGAAAUACUCCUGCCAUGUGAUGCCACCCGAUGUGCGUCGCGAGGUUACCAUCCAUCUUGGACUGGAGCCAAGCACCCCGGCUCCUGCUUCGGCCACCGCACAACCUACUUCCGCCGAAGGGUCGGCGCCGGUUUUGCAGGAUUCUGGCCUAUGGAUGCUCCUGCUCUUGGCCGCCCUCCAGUUGGCAGUUCGCUACUAAAUCUGAACCGGGCCAAGUUCAGUUAACGCAAUUCUACCACCGGCACUGAACCUCCCAGCCCGGGUAAUGUUUGGAGAUGCGCACCAAAAAAAACGAGCUUGUUACUAAGAUACAGUAUGUCAAGAAAGUAUUUUCACAUUAUUUUGUGUGUGUUUCCCCAAUCUGCCUUGUGAUUUCUUCUACUAUUAUCAUAUAGUUUCCCUAAAGAGAUCAGUAAUAUUAAGAUACGAGUAUUUUAAACACUUACCAAACAUAUUCCUUGUAAAAACGCUUUCUUGAAACACUGUAUGUUUGUCGGUAUAUCUAAGGAAGGAAUCGAUUUCUUGGCGAAUUAUGUUAGUUAGGUGUUGCUUUGUUAUUGUAUUAUAGAAUAUACUACUAUAUUUAUGUAUGUGUAGAUCUUGAGGAAGCAAAUCUUCCUAGGGCUACGUUACUGAUCAACAGAUUUCUGAGUUAUGCUUCCAACUUUUGCUUCCUCUUCUUCCAAACUUGCAGGACUACUAUAUCGCCUGUAGAUCUGUAUAUGUAGAUUCCUCAAAGUCGAAUACUAUUUUUAUUUGUAACUAAAUAGGUUUUAGUUUUAGCUGAAAAGCCAAUUAGGUAUCGAAAUUUGAACUCUUAGAAUGCUAUUUAAUCGUAUAGGAUCGAAUUGCAUAUAGAAUGCUGCUGGCUUUAGACGUGUGCUUAAUGAAUCGUAUUAUAUUAUAAUUCUAAUUAUUAGUAUAUAAUUGUUUUUUGAACUUAGCGGAACAAACAACGGACAGUUACCGAUGCGAUAACAAGUGGCUUAAUGAAUCGUUAUAAAGGAUAUAUGAAGGAUAUGAUUGCUAUGUGAAUAAUAUUACUAUAUGUAUACAUAUACAACUGAAUGUAAUUUUGUCGGAUAUAAAAGUGAAAUAAACUAGAGCUGCUAUAGACCCAGCUGAAUCCAUUCAAAA